AUGUCUUUCGAAGAAGCAGUUGAUAAGGUAAAGAACUUGAAGCAAACUCCCAGCGACGCCAAUUUGUUGGAGCUCUAUGCUUACUACAAACAAGCGACUAUUGGUGAUGUAAAUACAGCCAAACCUGGGUUUUUGGACUUUAAAGGAAAGGCCAAAUGGGAAGCAUGGAAUUCAAAGAAGAGCACAAGCAACGACGAGGCUAAAACAAAAUAUAUUGAAAUUGUUGAUAAGCUUGUUGAAGAAAUCGGCCUCAAAGAUUAA